GCGGUGGAGCAGCGGCAGGAGCCGGGUCCGAAUCGGAGCGGCCACAGCCUGGGGCGUGUGCGCCCCGCGCGGAGCGGGCUCGGGUUCCCCACGGAAUGUCCCCGGGGCGCCCCGCGCGCUGACCCCCCAGCCGCCUCCGCCUUCGGCGCCUGCUGCCUCUCUCGGGCGGGCUCGGUGUUCGGGACUGCAAGCUUCCCGGCUCCUGGGCAGUGGGGAAGCCCCCGGGGGCGGGUGACCUCAGCUGGCCACAACCUAGUCCUCCCCCGUGCGUAUCUCGCUUAAGAUGGCAGCGGAGUCAGGGGAACUAAUCGGGGCUUGCGAGUUCAUGAAAGAUCGAUUAUAUUUUGCUACUUUAAGGAAUAGACCAAAAAGCACUGUAAAUACCCACUAUUUCUCCAUCGAUGAGGAGCUGGUCUAUGAAAAUUUUUAUGCAGAUUUUGGACCUCUGAACUUGGCAAUGGUGUACAGAUACUGCUGUAAACUAAACAAGAAACUGAAAUCAUACAGUUUAUCAAGAAAGAAAAUAGUGCACUACACCUGUUUUGAUCAACGGAAAAGAGCAAAUGCGGCAUUUUUGAUAGGUGCUUAUGCCGUAAUCUAUUUAAAGAAGACACCAGAAGAAGCCUACAGAGCACUCCUAUCUGGCUCAAACUCCCCCUACCUUCCGUUCAGGGAUGCUUCCUUUGGAAAUUGCACUUAUAAUCUCACCAUCCUCGACUGUUUGCAGGGAAUCAGAAAGGGAUUACAACAUGGAUUUUUUGACUUUGAGACAUUUGAUGUGGAUGAAUAUGAACAUUAUGAGCGAGUUGAAAAUGGUGACUUCAACUGGAUUGUUCCAGGAAAAUUUUUAGCAUUUAGUGGACCACAUCCAAAAAGCAAAAUUGAAAAUGGCUAUCCUCUUCACGCCCCUGAAGCCUACUUUCCUUAUUUCAAAAAGCAUAACGUGACGGCAGUCGUGAGGCUGAACAAAAAGAUUUAUGAGGCGAAGCGCUUCACGGACGCGGGCUUUGAGCAUUACGACCUCUUCUUCAUAGACGGCAGCACGCCCAGCGACAACAUCGUGCGGAGGUUCCUGAACAUCUGCGAGAACACAGACGGGGCGAUCGCGGUUCACUGCAAAGCUGGUCUUGGAAGAACAGGGACGUUGAUAGCCUGUUAUGUCAUGAAACAUUACAGGUUUACACAUGCUGAAAUAAUUGCUUGGAUCAGAAUUUGCCGGCCAGGCUCCAUUAUAGGACCCCAGCAGCACUUCUUGGAAGAAAAACAGGCAUCGUUAUGGGUCCAAGGAGACAUUUUCCGAUCCAAGCUGAAAAAUAGACCAUCCAGUGAAGGAAAUAUUAAUAAAAUUCUUUCUAGCUUGGAUGAUAUGUCUAUAGGUGGAAACUUAUCUAAAAUACAAAACGUGGACAGAUUUGGAGAGAAUAAUUUAGAAGAGGAUGAGGAUGUGGAAAUGAAAAACAGUAUAACCCAGGGAGACAAACUACGUGCCUUAAAAAGUCAGAGGCAGCCACGCUCCUCACCAUCCUGUGCAUUUAGGUUGGAUGAUAUGAAAGGGCACCCAAGAGCAGUGUCCCAGCCUAUCAGAUUGACUUCGUCCCCACAAGGAUCUGCAACUACUUUGAAGACCUCGAAAGUGGCUUUGUCCCCUUCAGCAACAGCCAAGAGGAUAAACAGAGGUUCUUUGUCCUCGGGUGCCAGUGUAAGAAGCUUUUCCAUAAACUCCCGGCUAGCCAGUUCUCUAGGCAACUUGAAUGCCGCGACACAGGAGCCAGAGAACAAAAAGGCCUCCUCGUCCUCUAAGGCGGGUUUCGUAGCCAGUCCACUCACCAACCUCUUGAACGGCAGCUCCCAGCCGCCCGCCAGAAAUUACCCUGAGCUCAACAACAACCAGUACAGCAGAAGCAACAACAGCAGCGGGAGCACCCUGAGCAGCCAGCCGAGCCCCCACAGCGUCAAGACGGAGGAGCACCCCACCCUCCUCCGGCCCUCGUACACCGGCCUCUCUUCUUCCUCAGCGAGAUUCCUGAGCCGUUCGAUCCCCUCCCUUCAGUCUGAAUAUGUUCAUUACUAAGCCCCCGCCACUCCGGUGAAAGCGCUCCGCUCCUAGACACCAGGUCUUCAUCUGGACAAGCAAUGCAGAGAGAGAGAGCGAGCGAGCAGCUGCUUGUCGGAGGAGUCUUUCUGCCUUCCCGCCUUAAAUGAAGGAGAGCGCUAACAUAAGACCUUCAAGAGACUUGAAACCAGAAAAACUCUGGCUAAUGACUACACUAAAUGCACUGAAACUAGGUUUAUGGAGCUGUCAACACUCAGACAGUUAUAACGUUGAAUUUGGUAUCUUGAAAGGUUAUUUUUAAUGUAUUUCAGUAAUACAUCUAUUAUUACAAUUACAUGUACAGUGUUACAUUAUGUAUGUAUUGUGAACUUUAAGAGACUAUUUUGAUAAAUUUAUACAUAUAUAAAAUUAUGGAAAAACUAGACUAUAUUUUGACUUAGAUUUUUCUUGCUGUUUGCUACCAAAAAUUUGUAUUUUGAAUUUGUUUAGUAUGGUUUUGUCUACAACGAAUACAAUAAUUCCUCUUUAUGAAGAAAGAGUAAGGGAGAAAGUUUUUAGAAAGUGAUUUUUAUGUUCCCAUUCUGAACAGGGCAUAUCAGUUCAUCCUUUUGGGGAGUCAGUCAAAUAUGAUGAGUUUAUCCAAGCUGAUCCCUGGGGAGAGGAGGUUGAUUGGUUGAUAGGACUUAUUUCGACUACUUCUUUUCCCUUUGUUUUUGUUGCCGAGCCAUUUCAUUUCUCAUCCUUGGGGGGCUUUAAAAAAAUUUAACAUCCAGUUGGAGAUCAGAACUCCCUGAAUGUUUCUCCUGAAAACACAGCUUGUCUCUGUGUGAAAUAACUCAACAUUCCAAAUGCUUUUAUUUCUCUCCUCGUCUCACAAGAGCCCUGACCCCAGUUAGGACAUUCCACGCUUGGUACGAGGUUGUUGUCUGUAAGCACACACGGUCUGGCACCUGUUUUAAAUCAAUGAAGAGAGAAAACUGGGGGGGUGGGGGGAGAUGCUGCUAAGUAGUUCUCUGUAUCAAAGGAGAUAUGUUUGAAACAGAUGACGAACACCUACCACACAAGCUAGCGUAUCAGAAGCCUGACAUGAGAAUGAAGGGACUCCUUACAGGUGUUCAGGGCCCAUUUAUUGAGUAGAAUCUUUUGUUUUGGCCUCAGAAGCCCAGAGGCUUCAUUUCUCUGGGCAGCUGGGAAGCCUUCGAUGCUAAUUUUUUCCCAUGCUGCCUCAGAAGACACCUCACACAGUUAAAUGGAUCCACAUGAAGUGCUCUCCUUGCCACCACUGAGUUAUUUAUAAUCUGUUUAUUUGUGGGGGGAAGGGGGUACCUGGAGGCCAUUACACAUACUUCAGCAAAACAUCAUGUCCGUGCUUUCCAUUUUAAAAAGGCAUUUGAAUGACUGUUUGGCUCAGGUUCGUGACUUAAACUUCAGUAACUGCAGUACCAAAUAAUUGCACUAAAGCUGACGGAAGAAAAAAUGAAUUGUAUGUUUUAGUAGUCAAAAAUUAAAAUAAGUGGAAUGAAAUCAUAUAGCUUUUCUUAAGCCAGAAUUGUAAAAUAUUUUAUUAUGAGUUGUUAAAAAAGAAAAAAAAAAAGAUCGUUUAGUUGUAUAGGAAGAUGGUAGUAUUUAAAAAAAAUUAUCCGUGGAAAGUAAUUCAGAUGACAUUCGAGAAGUGGGGGAAAGGGAACCAUGUUGACAGUUUGAGUUCUGUGAACGAACACUAAUUUGUGUGCAGCUAUUAAAAUGAUUGUAAAAUUGACUACUAUAAAUUUUCCAUGAUUAUGUGUGUAUAUUAGUCAUAGGUAUCUACAUGUGUAUGUCUUAAAAUGAUCGGUACACAUGUAGAUACUGAGACAAACCAAGAAGUGUAUGUAUAUAAUAUAGAAAGUAUAUAGCAAAGUAAUUCUACUCCAAAAACAAAAAUUGUUGACAUGUAUUUUGUUAUGAAGUUUACCUUCCAAAAGAGAUUUUGUUCUAUUUUAAAGUGUAGAAGAAUGCACUGCUAAUAAAUAAUAAACAUUUUAUGCAAUUUAUGUUUUCCCUGACUUUUAUAAUUUGAAAUUUGAGUUAUCAGUGUACUGAAGUCUCUUUGUAAUUUUAUGUUUGAUCCAAUCUGGUUGGUGCCUUUCAAGUGUCUCAGGCUCUCCAUUCUGGAUUUUUAGUUUAUCUUUCAUUGACUUUCCAGGUUGUGGCCAUUUUUUGAAGUGUAUGACAAUGAGCACAAAGAAAUCUUUGACUUUGCCUUUCGCAAAAGUCGGAUAACGUCAGGAUCUUGCUGUCUUUCUCUCUCUCAUUUUCUUUUCUGUUAAUAAAACACUGAUUGUGAUCCGA